AUGGACAAAGAGCACAUGUGUUCCUUCGAGGAGCGAACCCAUGGGCUCCAGCUCUUUGGCUCGCCUCGGCUCCCUGUGCCUUUGUCGCGCAGCGUCGCCUCCUCGAUUCAAACCAACGUGACCUUCGAAGGCCCCACCGUGGUCCACUUCCGGCUUCAGACGCCCCUGGGCGUGCUGCGGCAAGUGAAGACCAUCUUGCCAGUGGAGCCCUUCAAGCAGUAUGUGGAGGCCCGGUGGUAUGCCGAAAGGUCUGUGCCGCGUGCUGUGGCCGUGGCCCUUGGAAUCAUCGGGGGGCGCGCCCUCGAGCAAGAUCGCGAGGUGUGGGAGAACAAGAUCUACCACAAGAAGCCGGUUCUCAUGUCCGGGGACGGCCCCUUCUUGGACUUUAUGCGGUGGUAUGGCCAGUUUUACUCUACGAGUUCCCGGAAUUUCGGCUACGAUUGGUAG